UAAUGGCAGAUGUAUUGCUAUCUAUUAUUUCAACUAGCCUAUCAAAAUUGUAAUGUGCAUUCUUUGUUGUCCAUAGUGGUUCAGUUACUACUCAUUUUUACAUAAUUGUGCUAGAACAUGUGAUAUAACAUCAAAAAGUAUCAGUUUUUUUAAUCUUUUUUAGUCUUUAAAGGCAUAGGAAGUACACUUUGGAAAGUUUUAUUCGUUUUAUUCAUGGCAUUUUGUGGAUUUGAACUUGUAAAUUGUGUACUUUGCAUAGUAGGAUGUGUCCAUUGUUUUGGAGCUCCCUUUUAGGUUUGAUUUUAUAUAAUUUAUCAAGGCAUAUUAAGGAGGCAGUACUUGGGUAGAUUCUUUCCAUAAAAUGGUCUUAGAACCUAGUUGUGAUUUUGAAGGGAAAAUAAGUGACAUUCUAGGGAAAAUGUUUAAACAUUGA